CGGCGGGGCGGCUCCAUCCGGUCGCCCCUCCCGCCGGGCCGGGCUUGGCCGGGCCGGGCCGGGCUGCAGAGGGCGACGGGCGCCGCCGGGCUGGCCGCUCCCGCCGCUCCCCUGGCAUGAGCGCGGGUGGUUGCGCCGCCGCCUCAGCGCCCUAGUGCCGCUGCCGGGGAGGGGAGCGGAGCGGAGCGGCGGAGAGGAGCCGGGCGGGCCGCGCCGCGCCAUGCGGCUGUGCGGGGCGCUGCUGAAGAGCCCCAUCCCCAAGCAGAUCGAGUACUACUCCCGCUUCUCCCCCUCGCCCCUCUCCAUCAAGCAGUUCCUCGACUUCGGUCGUGACAAUGCAUGUGAGAAGACUUCAUACAUGUUUCUGCGGAAAGAACUUCCUGUGCGACUAGCUAACACCAUGAGAGAAGUCAAUUUAUUGCCUGAUAACUUACUUAACAGGCCUUCAGUUGGGCUAGUACAGAGUUGGUACAUGCAGAGUUUUCUUGAGCUUUUAGAAUAUGAAAAUAAAAGUCCUGAGGAUCCUCAUGUUCUGGAUGACUUUUUAGAUGUUUUAAUUAAAGUCAGGAACAGACACAAUGAUGUGGUUCCAACCAUGGCGCAAGGGGUGAUUGAAUACAAGGAAAAAUAUGGCUUUGAUCCAUUUGUUAGCAGUAACAUCCAGUAUUUUCUAGAUAGAUUCUACACCAACCGCAUCUCUUUCCGUAUGCUUAUUAACCAACACACACUUCUUUUUGGUGGCGAUAUUAAUCCUGCUCAUCCCAAACAUAUUGGAAGUAUUGAUCCUAAUUGUAAUGUAGCAGAGGUGGUUAAAGAUGCUUAUGAAACAGCUAAGAUGUUAUGUGAACAGUACUAUCUGGUGGCACCUGAUCUGGAAGUUGAAGAAUUCAAUGCUAAAGCUCCAAACAAGCCUAUUCAAGUAGUCUAUGUACCUUCUCAUUUGUUUCAUAUGUUAUUUGAAUUAUUCAAGAAUUCAAUGAGAGCUACCGUGGAAUUGUAUGAAGGUAAGAGAGAAACCUAUCCAUCGAUCAAAACCUUAGUCACUUUGGGGAAGGAAGAUCUUUCUAUUAAGAUAAGUGAUCAAGGUGGAGGUGUACCUUUAAGAAAAAUAGACAGAUUGUUUAACUACAUGUACUCAACAGCACCCAGGCCUAGUUUGGAGCCCUCGAGAGCUGUGCCUUUGGCUGGGUUUGGCUAUGGCUUGCCAAUUUCUCGUCUGUACGCUAGGUACUUUCAAGGUGACCUUAAACUCUACUCAAUGGAAGGCGUUGGUUCAGAUGCUGUAAUUUAUUUGAAGGCCCUUUCAAGUGAAUCAUUUGAAAGACUUCCCGUUUUUAAUAAGUCAGCAUGGCGACACUACAAGACCACACCUGAAGCAGAUGACUGGAGCAAUCCUAGCAGUGAACCAAGGGAUGCUUCUAAAUAUAAAGCUAAUCGAUAAUUUGCCACCUUUUGUCUCUGUUGGAGAUGACCUCUGCAUUCAGUAUAAAGUCUCUGCUUUGUUCCAAAAUCCUUCAAACCACAAUAGCUAAUUACUUCCAAACAAAGACCUAAUCAGGGCAUUGAAAAACAGUAAGAACAAAGUGAUGACUGGGACUUAAAGGAAGGCACUAAGCACGUUUGGUAUGUGAAUCCUGUCUACUUCACCAGAAUAUGCUUGGUUGCUUCAGUCAUGCAUUGACAAAAGGGAUUGCGCUGUGAUUGCACUUAAGAAUACAAUGUUGUAACAAAAAGAUACUAUUUGAAAUGGCCAAUUUUUAUUCCAGUAUAAGGAUUGGCAAGAUGUGCAGAAUCCCUUUAAAUGGUGAAUAGUAUCUUGCACAGCAAUAUGGUGUAAGAGAGAAAUUCUAAUGUAGUUAAACAUAUGCUUUGAAAAUCCACUCUUUACUGCAUUUUAUAUUGCACAGUGUCACCUCUUACAGAAAAUCCCUUUGAGCUCUUCAGAUUUUCUAUCUAAUGAGCUUAUAAAUGCAUAGUACUAAAAAGGGUUGUGCAGCUUUAAACUGAUGCUUUCCCCAAAUUCCCAAAUCCAUUUGUCAAGUGCAUACAAAAAUUACGUUGUUAUAAGACAUUGGGAUUUCCGCUUCGUGGUAUGCACCUUAAUGAUUUUCUUGACGCGUGAACACAGAAAUGCAUUUCUAUACAUUUUUCCUUGUUUUGAGGAAAGAUCAUAAGUAGUUAGAUCAUUUCUCCAUACAAGAAAUUCUGUCAGCAUAGGGGCAAAGGGUUAUUGAAUUUUAUGUUUAUUGCCUAUCAUAUUUGGGGGGCUGGGGAGGGGAGAGAAAUGCUGAAAGGCCAGACAGCCAGUCAUACAAAUGAAUUUGCCUUAAGAGUGUUGGUUGCUUGGAACCUGAUUAGUUUAAAACCUGUAAAUAGUUUGCAAAGUUAUUUAUAUAUUCAAUGUCUGACUAUAGUCUGGUAAUCUGAAUUUGUAGUGUAUAUAAAGAUGUUGUACACCA